CCAUCCUCGCCUUUUCCUGACGGCAACAGCAAUAGCAACAGCAGCACCAGCACCACCAAUGCCAGCCUGAACAGCAGCAGCUGCAACAAUCAACUGUCGCCGACGAUGGCGGCCGGAGGCGGCUUCAGUGCGGCCAACCGCGCCGGCUCACUGCCCAACGUCAACCAGAUUGGCCAGCAGUCACCUCUUCAGCAGCAACAACAACAACAACAGCAGCCUCAACAACAGAUGGGCAGUGAAAGCCCCGGCGGGCAGAACAACACCAUCGACCUGCAGAGCUGUCUGAACAACCUCGAGGACAUGAAGAACGGGGGCCUCGCACUGGACACGAGUGCACUGUCGCUGAACAGCAACAGCAACAGUCCGAACAGCAAUGGACAGCAGUCGUACGGCAGUGGCAAUCAUGUCCAGCAGAAUGUGAGCAGUCCCUCUGAUCAGCUGCUGCCCAAUUCGCCCUUUGGUGGUCAGCAGCAGCAACAACAACAACAGCCACAAUUUCACUUUACCAAUUCGCAAUCAUUUCAAAGUUUCUCCAUGGGCAUGCAUCGCAGCACCACGCCCACAACUGACUCUUGUUCGGCGCCCACUUCGCCCGCCUCGCAGAACAUCUCGCCUUCCAACUCACCAGAGCUGCCCAUUCAUACCAAUGGAGGAGGUGGUAAUCUAGGGAACAAUGGUCAGCAGCAACAGCAGCAGAUGAGCCAGCAGUUUGGGAUGAAUGGCAACUCUCCGAACAGCUACAACAGCUACUCGAGCCACCAGCACCAGCAGCAGCAGGCGAACAUUCUGCAGCACCAGCUGGAGCAGUUUCGCAUGACCAGCGACUCGGAGGGCGGCGGCGGCUCCAGUCAGACGUCGUACAUGGUUCGUUUGAAUAUAAUGCCUAAUACCAUUUUAUUCAAUAUCUAA